AUGUCAAUGAUGAUUGUUGCUUUAAUUAUUACUACAAUGUGCCUAUUAAGUACCAAUGGCGAAGAGGAAAAGAAACGUACACUUGAUUCAUUAUCUGGUUCGGAUUUUUUCAAAAAAAGUCUUGAUAGUCUUUCGGGCAAUGAUUUUUUCAAACGUGACAACGAAAAACGAACACUUGAUUCCCUUUCCGGUUCGGAUUUCUUCAAAAAAAGUCUUGAUUCACUUUCUGGUAAUGAUUUUUUUAAACGUGACGAAGAAAAACGUACAUUAGAUUCACUUUCCGGCUCUGAUUUCUUUAAAAAGAGCUUAGAUUCAUUGUCUGGUAAUGAUUUUUUCAAAAAGAGUUUGGAUUCGUUAAAUGGCAAUGAUUUCUUCAAGAAGAGUUUGGAUUCAUUAUCUGGCAAUGAUUUUUUUAAACGUCAUACCAAGGCACGAGAACAUGCUAUUGAAGAAUUAUUACGACAUUCAUUAUAUCCACAUAUGUCACGUGAACAUUUUCAUUCUCGUAUGCAUAAACAAAAAAUUGAUGAUGAUAAAGAUAAAUAG